CAUGAAUUGAGGAGCCGAAGAUAACAAUGACCGAAAUACAGAUAUUGGCGGUGGCAUAAUAAUAAAAUGAUGCUCAUAGAUUGUUGAUCGUCUCGACAUCUUCGACAGCAGCAACAACAGCAAUGACAGUCGAAGAAGAAACUGAAGAGCGCGUGGAAGAUGGGGACGCCGGUUACCCAGAUUCUCCCGACCGAACCCAACGCGAUCCUGAACGCAAUGACAAGAAGGCCGAUUCAUCCAGGAGGAGUGCAUUUCGUGCUCUCGUCCAGGAUUUCAAUCCAAUAUGGUUCACAUGGUGUAUGAAUGCCGGUGUAAUCGGUACUCUUCUCCAUCAACUCCCAUACCAAUUUUCUGGGUUGAGAGUUCUUUCGACCGUCGCCUUCUGCAUCGACCUGGUUCUGUACUUUGUUUUUUCAAUCAUAUAUACCCUCCACUUCCUCAUUUAUCGACGACAAGCGUACCUCGAGCUCAUCGGAAGCACGACGGAACUGUGUCUCUUGCCGUGCUGGUGCAUCGCGUGGAUGACACUCACCGCCUUCGUCAGCUUGACCGUCAGCAACGCACCGUGGGGCGGACACGCAUUCACCCUCCUCGCCGUGGUGAUGUGGUGGAUCGCCACGGCGUGGAUGUACGGCAUGCUCUUUUUUGCGUUCGCCACGCUCAUUCGGCAGCACACCAUCAUAUCGCCUGAUCAGCAACUGCCUGCCCUGAUCAUCAUCCCGGCCGUGGGAGUUUCGACGCUCGCGCUGGUCGGCGCCGUCGUGGCGGAUCAAUCGUACAACCUCUCCGCGAGACUCGCCGUGCCUAUCAUCAUCAUGUCGUUCUGCUCCGUGGGGAUAGGUAUCCUCCUGGGCUUGAAACUGUGCACGUACCUGUUUCACCAACUGCUCGCCAAGGGUUGGCCUGCGCCGGCAAACACACCCACCUUGUUCAUGUUCGUCGGACCAAUGGGCCAGUCGGCCGCGGCGCUGCAGCUACUUGGGGCGGCGGCGAACUCACGCGGGGCGUUUGGAGACUAUCACCGAGGAACGUUCCUGACCGGCACGGCGGCGAGCGUUCUCGAGGUCGUCUGUGUCCUUUUGGCGCUGUUCAUGAGUGGACUGGGUACGAUCUGGAUGAUCAUAGCUUUUGUCGGAAUGCUCGAUCGUGCCUUUCAUAGGGAGUUGAUCUGGUCGCCGACUUGGAACGCCAUCAUUUUCCCGACAGGGACAUUGGUCACGUCUUUGUUACUGCUGGCACAGGAGAUGGAUUCUCCGUUCUUUCGAGUGGUCACUGUCAUCAUCGUCAUUUUUUUGGUGAUUGUCUUCUUCAUCAAUCUAGCGUUCACUUUGACGAGGAUAUGGCAGGGGAAGCUGUUGAUUGUUAAGCAAGAUCCACGGGCUAUCGCGAAAGACAAAUAGGAGCGCAGUGCAUAGAUAGAAUGGAAUGAUACGAGAAUAGCAGUAGCC